UCUUUCUUGAUCCUAGCUCUGACAGUGCCGAGGAGUAUGACUAUGACUACCUUGGUGUCAACAAGACUUGGGUCCUGACUCCUAGGGCCCAAGAGACUGAUGCCACCCAGAUCUUGAAUACCCUUCUGAAGGACUAUGACAGCAAGCUGAGGCCUGACAUUGGAAUCAAGCCUACGAACAUUGAUGUCGAUAUCUACGUGAACAGCAUUGGGCCCGUUUCUGUCAUCCAGAUGGAAUACACCAUUGACAUCUUCUUUGCCCAGAGCUGGUAUGACCGCCGCCUCCGCUUCAACAGCACCUUAAAAGGCCUAACUCUAAACAGCAACAUGGUAAGCCGCAUCUGGAUCCCCGACACCUUUUUCCGGAACUCUAAGAGGGCCGACUCGCACUGGAUCACCACACCCAAUCAGCUGCUGCGCAUCUGGAACGACGGGAAGGUUCUCUACACCCUUAGGCUGACCAUAGAGGCUGAAUGUCUCCUCCAGCUCCAGAACUUCCCAAUGGACACUCAUUCCUGCCCUCUCAUCUUCUCUAGCUAUGGUUAUCCAGCCGAAGAGAUCGUUUACCGUUGGAGACGCUACUCCAUUGAAGUGUCUGACCAACGCUCCUGGAGGCUCUACCAGUUUGACUUUACUGGACUGCGCAACACAUCUGAAGUCCUUCGGACUGGUGCUGGAGAUUACAUGGUCAUGACGGUUUCUUUUGACCUAAGCCGGCGGAUGGGCUACUUUGCCAUUCAGACCUACAUCCCUUGCAUUUUGACUGUGGUGCUCUCCUGGGUUUCCUUUUGGAUCAAGAGAGACUCCACUCCGGCUAGGACAUCUUUGGGGAUCACCACUGUGCUCACCAUGACCACCCUGAGCACUAUUUCUCGCAAGCACCUCCCUCGCGUCUCCUACGUCACCGCCAUGGACCUCUUUGUCUCCGUGUGCUUCAUCUUUGUCUUCGCCGCCCUGAUAGAGUACGCCACCCUCAACUAUUUGGUGGGGAACAGGAGGCUGCUGGCGGGCGGCAACACCCGAAGAUCCAGACCCCGUCCUGCCAGCACCUUGGCCAGUGCCAGUGCCAUUGCCAGUGCCCGGGCCAGCCCCAGGGCCAGCCCCCUUGCCGGCGCCAGUCUUAGUGCCACUCUUGGUACCAAUCUCGGUGCCACCUCUGGCCCUACUCUUUGUGCCAGUGCUGGUGCCAGUCUUGGUGCCAAUGCCACUUUCGGUACUGGUCCUGGAGCCACUUUCAGUGCCGGUCCUGCCGCCACCUUUGGCGCUGGUCCCGGAACCGCCUUUGGUGCCGGUCCCGCAGCCGCCUUCGGCGCCGGUCCCGGAGCCGCUUUUGGCGCCGGUCCCGCCGCCACUUUUGGCUCCGGUCCCGCCGCCUCUUUUGGCACCGGUCCUGGGGCCGCCUUUGGUGCCGGUGCCACUUUUGGUGCUAGUCCUGGCGCCGCUUUCGGUGCUAGUCCUAGCCCCACUUUUGGUGCCAGUACUGGUGCUAGUGUCACCGGCAUGCCCGCCUUCACUGCCAUCACCAUCACCAGCAGCAUGCCCUGGGUCCCAGAUCGAGGAGAGGAAGAAGAGGAUGAUGACGAUGAGGAAGAGGAAGAACAAGAGGAGAACACCUGCUGCCCAGGCAAGGAGUGCCAGCAGUUCUUCUGCUGCAUUGAAGAUUGCCAGAGGGGUACCUGGAGGGAAGGCCGUGUCCGUAUCCACAUCUCCCGCCUGGAUACCUACUCUCGCGUCUUCUUCCCCACUGCGUUCCUGCUGUUCAACAUCGUGUACUGGAUCGCCUAUCUGUAUCUCUAAAUGCCCUGUCUCCAUGGGGAGAGGCUGCCGAUGAUGAUCCAGAGGGGCCUCCCAAUCGUGGCUAAGGGGGAAAGAAGCAGCUGGAAAUGUUGUCGUCUUGUAUAUUUUUUGCUAUUCCCCAGCUAACCCUUCCUAGAUCUUGCUUUUGCUCGAUCUCGACUGCCUCCUCGUCCCCUGGGGUGGCCCAGACACCUCCUGAGAAGGCUCCUUGGGCCCUUUUCCCUCUCUUGUCAUUUCUUGAUCUCGGUUGAUAGAACCUGGGUUGAUAAGUCCCUGGUGUCUCAUGUGAUUUGGAAUAAGGACUUGGAUUUGAAUUCUAGUUCACUUACUACCUGGAUGACCUUGGACAAGUAAUUGCCUCACUUCUCUCUUCUGUGAAAUUAGGGAUCGGGAUCAGAUGGCCUUUGAUGUUCGGGAUCUGGCAAAUGAAGGUCUUGGUCUAGGGCGGUGGACCACAGAUUUUGAGAUAGAGAGCAGAAACCUCAGAGGCCAUGUUGUCCAAUCCCCUCAUUCUACAAAGGGGAAAAUGAGGUCCCAAAGAGGAGAACGGUCUGCCCAAAGUUACCCAAGUAGUAAGCUACUUACUUACUUCUUCAGACUUUAGUCCUCCACCUCCAAACCCAUCACUGUCCCCACUGCCCCAUGAUGUCCCUGGGUGAGCCCCAAAGUCCCUUCCUGCUCAGUCUAGACCAGAAGUCCUGAAACUUUUUAAAUAAGGGGCCAGUUCACCGUCCCACAGACUGUUGGAGGGCCGGACUAUAGUAAAAACAAAAACUUGGUUUUGUGGGCCUUUAAAUAAAGAAACUUCCUAGCUCUGGGGGAGAGGGAUAAUCGUCCUCAGCUGCCGCAUCUGGCCCGCGGGCCGUAGUUUGAGGACCCCUGGUCUAGAGUCUUGAGGUCACAAGUAAUCAGAAGCAGAGAGGAGCCCAGAGAAGGGCCUCCUGAGAAUUCAGGAACAAGAAGCCAGGAGAAGCUGCACUUGCAACUGUUUUGGGCUGAGCACACCAUUUUACUUCUGAGGUCAAAAGACAAGAAGGUGCAGGGUCAUUGACAUGUCACUGAGGCAGGCCACUGGGCGCUUUGCUCUUGGCACUGCCUGGGAUCCACCGAGGGACUUUCAGCUGAAGGGUUCUCACCUACCACUUUCCAAAAUAAUCAUCUAUUCCCUCACUAUGUUCCUAAAACAAACCAUGCACUCUAGUCUUGAGGAUUUGAGGUUCUCAGAGCCCAGCUCCCCACAGUUCUCCUCAGAAUCAGAUGAUUCAGAUGGUGAACACCUCAGGUCCUUUCCAAUCAUGAAGCUCAUCCGGCUAUCCCAUUUGAGCUCCUUUGAGCAUCUCCCUCUGAGGGAGGCAGGGUAGGGAUCAUUCUCCUAUUUUCGAGACAAGGAGACUGAAGCCAGAUGAAAGGAAGCCCCAUAGUUGAGGUGAUGGCUCGUGAGGUCAGGGGCACCGUGGGGCAUGCAGACACCUAGAACAUUUGCAAUGCCUCAGCGUGGUGUAGAUACCACAGCGGCCCGCCUUCUGAGACAGGCAACAGGGCCAGGUGUCUGGAGAGUUCAGAGUCCGGUCGGCAGUCACUUCAGCUUCUGGAUUGGGGCCGCGAAGUAAGCACCAACCUGCCCGAGUAGCACGAUGAGAUGCCCAUUUCAGCACCGACCAGGGCACAACCCAAGUCCAACCCUUGUAUAGUGCCUCUGCCGAGACAGAGUGACACGCCACACCCCGUCACAUUUUGCAAGGGUCCCAAUCGAAGCUUUGUGUCCGACAGAGUCACCCAAACAGCCUCCUCUGGCUCCGGGCCCCCCAGCAGUGACCUUGGAUGAUCCCUACCGCUUUAAGCUGUGAAAGAAAUGUGUUGGUGUAUUUAUGUUGUUGUCAUGGGGUGGGGGGUGGGGGGUGGGCAAACAAACCAGUCUGCUUUCUUACAACUAAAUGUCAGGGCAAAAUAUUAAAUGUGUUAUUGAA